AUGAUUCAUUCAACAGUACAUCUGGGCACCUAUUGCCUUGCAGCAGCCGCCUUUGGGCUCGCAUCGCAUUGGACCUACUGGGUACACGGACACCGGGUCCGCCACGCCACAUGGACCUUCCUAUUCCACCUCGCGGCGCUUUUCAUCCUUGGUUGGAAGCUCACCAGUGUGCAGGGCAACUUGCUGAGCGGCCUUGGGGCCACGGCUGCCAUAUUUUUGUCAUACCUGGGGACUCUGUUCACCAGCAUUGUCGUCUAUCGUGUCUUUUUCCACCGGCUCGCCCACUUCCCUGGACCAUUCUUCGCAAAGGUCACCAAGCUCUAUGGGCUCUACGCCGCCCGGAAUUCUCAGGUCAACGAUCAUCACACGUCCCUGAUGCGCCAGUAUGGCGACUUUGUCCGCAUUGCCCCUAAUGAGCUGAUGGUCAUGGCCCCCGAGGCUCUGUCCAAGGUACAGGGCAUGACAAGCAAGUGCUCCAAGAAGAACACGGGAAUCUUUGAUAUUCUGCAUUCCAAAGGAGAUCGCAUGAUUGUUGCGCUGCUGGAAAAAGAUGAGCACAUUGCCCGCCGCAAGAUCUGGAAUCAAGCGUUGGAUACAAAGCUGCUCCCACAGUACGAGCCCAAGGUCCGCAAAGAGGUCAUGCUGUGGCUGGAUACGCUUUCCAAGAUCCAAGGACCGAUAGACAUCACCCACUACAUGAUGCUACUUUCUUUUGACCUCACCGGUGCUGUGGGGUACUCUGCAGACUACCAGACCAUAAAGACCGGCAAAGAAAACAGGACGCUCCAUCUGCUGGAGGCUAGCUUCAAGCCGUUUGGAAAGCUGGGGUUUCUCGCGUGGCCGGUGCAGAUUGCUCUGGAGCUCGGGCUUGCCAAGGAGCAAAAAGAGUUUGAGAAGCUCGCGGUCAAGACGGUCGACGAGCGAGUAGCUGAUGACUCUGAAGAGAAGGUCGACAUACUCAAAUACUUCCUCCAGGACUUUAGGACCAAGCAGACAUCAUUCCGUUCAAUGAACUCCAUAUAUACAGAAUCGCAAGCAAUCCUAAUCGGAGCAACAGAUUCCACCUCGGGAACCAUGGCAUGGAUCCUAUGCUACCUCAUCAAGCACCCCUCGGUGGCGGCGACGCUGCUGCAAGAGCUAGAGCCGGUAUUCGGCAAGACCACGCCGGGCGAGUUUUCAGACGCCGACCUGCGCGGCCUGCCCUUCCUCCAAGCCGUCAUCGACGAGACCCUGCGGCUGCAGCCACCGGCGGGCAACGGCAGCGCCCGCAUGACGCCGCCCGAGGGCAUCGAGAUCGCCGGCACGCACAUCCCCGGCCAGGUGAGCGUCUGGGUGCCGGUCCGCGCGCAGCAGCGCGACGAGAGGUUCUUUGCCCAGCCCGACGAUUUCAUCCCCGAGCGGUGGACGACGCGGCCCGAGCUGGUUCUGGACCGUCGCGUGUAUGCGCCUUUCAAUACUGGUCGAUGGAGUUGUGUCGGGAAGCAGUUGUCUUUUAUGAUUAUGCGCAUGGUGAUUGCUCAUACCUUGUGGCACUACGAACCAAGCUUCGCUCCUGGAGAAGAUGGCAAUGACAUUGGUCUAAAACGCCAGGACUUGAUUAUUGCCAAGCCGGGGAAGCUGGAGCUCAGGUUCACCCCCCGGAAACCUCGCAUUUGA